CAGCUGAAGCAUGCUCCUGGCCCAGAUAAACCGGGACUCUCAGGGAAUGUCGGAGUUUCAUGAUGCAGACGGACAGCCAGUUACCCUCUGCCUGACAGAGGCUGUGACGGUGGCAGGGGAUCAGAUGGAGAACAUGGACACAGUCAGCCUGCAGGCCGUGACUCUUGCAGAUGGCUCCACCGCCUACAUCCAACACGACUCCAAAGCUCCCUUCUCAGACGGGCAGAUCAUGGACGGUCAGGUGAUCCAGCUGGAGGAUGGCUCCGCUGCCUACGUUCAGCAUGUGUCCGUGCCCAAAGCAGGAGGAGACAGUUUACAGCUUGAAGACGGGCAGGCUGUUCAAUUAGAAGACGGAACAACGGCCUACAUUCACACACCCAAGGAAACGUAUGACCAUAACGGCCUGCAGGAGGUACAGCUGGAGGAUGGAAGCACUGCCUACAUCCAGCACACGGUGCACAUGCCUCAGCCCAACACCAUCCUGGCCAUCCAGGCUGACGGCACCAUAGCAGACAUGCAGGCUGAAGCCACAUGCAUCGACCCAGACACCAUAAGUGUACUUGAACAUUAUGGCACCAAGGUAGAGAAUGUGGAGCACCCGUUGGGGUCUUUUGGCAGAGUGGAAGCAGACAACGGUGUCCACAUGAGGAUUGUGCUACAGGGUCAAGACAACAGGCAACCAAGAGUGACAACUGUUGGAGAAAAGUCUUUCCGCUGUGAAUAUGAAGGUUGUGGAAAGCUCUACACCACAGCCCACCACCUUAAGGUACACGAGCGCUCGCACACUGGUGACAAACCGUACAUCUGUGAUUAUCGGGGCUGUGGAAAGAAGUUUGCAACAGGUUAUGGACUGAAGAGUCACUCGCGGACACAUACAGGGGAAAAGCCAUACAGAUGUCAGGAGAUCAGCUGCUGCAAGUCUUUUAAAACCUCCGGAGACCUUCAAAAGCACACUAGGACCCAUACAGGAGAGAAGCCUUUCAGGUGCCCAAUCGAAGGCUGCGGCAGGUCGUUCACCACGUCUAACAUCCGCAAAGUUCACAUCCGAACACACACCGGGGAGCGGCCGUACUACUGCUCCGAGCCCAGCUGCGGACGCUCAUUCGCCAGCGCCACCAAUUACAAGAACCACAUGAGGAUUCACACAGGAGAAAAGCCCUACGUGUGCACAGUGCCUGGCUGUGAAAAGCGCUUCACAGAGUACUCCAGCCUUUAUAAACACCAUGUUGUCCACACGCCCUGCAAACCCUACAACUGCAACCACUGUGGCAAAACCUACAAGCAGAUCUCCACACUCGCCAUGCAUAAACGCACAGCACACAACGACACAGAGCCCAUAGAAGAGGAGCAGGAGGCCUACUUCGAACCGCCAGCAGAUGCCAUUGAUGAUCCAAAUGUGAGCUACACGCCAACUGUGGUUGAAGCAGACGACUCCGGCUCAGAACCGGUUCCUGUGGAGUCCUCGGACAUCUCCGGCCAGCAGCAGGUUGCCUUGGUAACUCAGGAAGACGGAACACAACAGGUCAGCAUCUCUGAGGCAGACUUGCAAGCUAUGGGUGGUACAAUCACCAUGGUAACCCAAGAAGGCACAACCAUAACCAUCCCAGCUCAUGAACUGGCAACGCAAGGUGCUCACUCAGUUACCAUGGUAACAACAGACGGGUCAGACGAACAGGUGGCCAUCAUGACACCCGACAUGGCAUCAUUCCAAACAGUGGAGGAAGCAAACUACAGCCAAGAUGAUCUUCACCCUGUCACAUUACUGGCCACCCCCAAUGGCACUCACAUUGCUGUUCAGCUUAGUGAUCAGCCUUCGCUGGAAGAAGCCAUUAGAAUAGCCUCAAGAAUACAGCAAGGAGAGACUCCAGGCCUGGAUGACUGACUGGUGACUCCAUAUCCACGGUGAAUGAAGAUCUUUUCAAAUGAACCUAAUAUUUGGGAGAAAUCAUCUCUUCCUCAGUUUUGUUUUUCACAACUGAACUUUGCUUUUAUGUGUAAAUAGGAUUUUGAUAACUGAAGCUAUGUUAUGCUAUUUUUUUUCUCUGACGAGAAAAGAUUAUAGGCUAUUAAUGCUUUCUACUGAUGCUUAAUGCACAGGACAAUGUACAGAAAAUGCUAUUUCUAAAAAUAAAAGAUUGUGCGAAUACAA